UAAACGGUCAUCAGUAGUUACCUCAGCCACAAAGUCAGAAACCCCGCCUAUUUCUACAAUUUAUAUUCUUAAAAUUUGAUUUUAAAACCCUACUUUAACCUCACUGCUAACCCUGACCUUAAAUUAACACCAAAAAAAGCACCAACAAUAUAAUAAUCAUGAAUAUUUACGAUAUAGAACAAUUUGGACAUUGUGGGUGUGGUAACCGAAGUAAACUAGCUAGCAUGCAAAGUCAUCAGAUGUUUAGUUAGUCAACCGAUCCACAAACUAUUGGAAUGUACGCAAUGUUCUUCUGAGAAAUAGACUUGUUGACAAGUCAAUUCAAUAGCUGCACAGAGUGGCGGGGAUGUUGAAUCAAAAUGGGAAACAUUUUCACCAGAAAGAGACGCACACGAAUCACAGAGCAGGACAGGGCAGUUUUGCAACUGAAACAGCAGAGAGAUAAGUUAAAGCAGUAUCAGAAGCGAAUCACCCUGCAGCUGGAGAAGGAGAGGAAUCUAGCCAAGCAGCUGCUGAAAGAUGGCAAGAAAGAGAAGGCCCUCCUCUUGCUCAAAAAGAAGAGAUACCAGGACCAGCUCCUGGACAAGACAGAAAACCAGAUAAGCAACCUGGAGCGAAUGUGUCAAGACAUUGAGUUUGCCCAGAUUGAGAUGAAGGUCGUUGAAGGCCUUAAAGUUGGAAACGACUGCCUGAAGUCAUUGCAUGAGGCAAUGUCCAUCGAGGAUGUGGAGAGAAUUAUGGAUGAGACCCAAGAAGGCAUUGAAUACCAGAGGGAAAUAGAUGAGAUGCUGGCAGGUUCCCUGACACAGGAGGAUGAAGAUGCUGUACUGGCUGAACUGGAGGCCAUUACUCAGGGAGAGCUUGACCUACCCGAGGUACCUGAUGAGUCCCUGCCAGACAUCCCAGAGGCAGCUGAUGAAGAACCAGUGCCAGGUCAAGAGAGGGAGAGGCCAAGGAAGAAGCAGGAACGAGGGAUGUUGGCUGUCUAGGGGCCUGUCUGUUCGCCAGGUGACUCUGUGGGUCUUGGUACACCGGCCACUAUAUCCCCCUCAUAGGGGUCUCAUGCCCCCCCACACACACACAAAACCACAAAAAGAUUAUCUUUGCCAUCUCUUCCAGUCCCUCGCCUCCAAUACUGAACUUCCUGGUGCCCUGCUAAGCCUCGGCUUUGUGAGCCCCAAUACUGCUUUAUAAUCCUCUUCUGGAUUCAACCACCCCAUCACUCCAACCAGGGUCAUGGACUUGUUUUUCACAUCAUUGCCUGCAGGUUCUCCCAUUUGUUUUGCUCAUGUUUAGGGCCUAUUUAGACACAUCAUGAAGAAAUGAGUGGUUUGAUUUAGAUAAUAUUGUGCCUAUUGCCUAAGUCCCGUGACGGGUAUGUUUUUUUAAAAUCUUCUGUGAACGAACAAAUUAUGUAAUUAACAGACAAAUUAAUGCAUGUGUCUCUUUUUUUUUUCUUACUAGGCCUAGUAGGCUCAGGCCUACUAUCUGACCACAGAGCACAUUCUCUUUGGGAGGAAUAGACAUGCAGACUGUCUUUCAAAAUCAUUACUGUUGGGAUGGUUGUCAGAAUCUUGCCUUGUCUUAGUUAAGAACGUCUUGAUUGCUGCCAAACUGUCAAUAAUGGAUAAGACUUUGGCUUUGGUUUCAACUUGUUGAUUGCGGAGUAAAAUCCUUAAUAGUA